AACCAGCGUCUUUAGCUGACCGGGGCGUCUUUAGCCAGUUAACGUCAUGAACCCCUAGGCCACCCCGUCACGGUGAAACUGGUCCUAAUUUCUCGACUAUAUAUGCAAUCGUAGUGAGACUAGGCGUUAUGUGAAAUUCGCAUGUAUCGAUGCCAAUUUCCUAUAGCUCGUUGAGCAAUAAUGUAAAUGACUACAUUUGACCUCGCUCGACAAAGAUGGUUCAGUUUGCACCGAAAGUUGAGUUCAUGAGAACCGUUUCACACGUUUCUUUACCACAUGCGCCCCGCCCGCCCGUCUACACCCCACCCCUCAACUGAAUUUUUCUGCUAUAAAAGAGCAUGUUGAACCAUAUUCCCACUACAGUGUCACAACGAAUAUUGCGUUGAAAUCAUGGAUCCGCAAGCUUCAUCACAUACCAAAUCCGACAACAAUACCAUCACCACUUGGUGCUGCCAGUGCUGGUUGUCCACCACCACAAGCGGCGGCGGCGGCUGUGACGGUGGCUGUAGCAGCUCCACUUCGCAAUCGUCACCCGGACCACAACCGAUGGCAACAGCAAAGGCACUGUUAAAACAAGACGAUGGGGACAAGGGAAAAGCAAACUGCCUAGAGAGCGCUUCUGAGAGCGAUACGAGCGAUGAAAUGAAAUCUUUUUAUCAAGGAUGUAAAAGCAAGUGGAUAAAAGCGUUCCAGAACAAUACUCUGAUUAAUAGAUGGCGCCUCCCCAUGCCAUUUCACACAUUUAGAGCGGAAGUAGCGAGAUUGUUAAAACGAUUGUAUAUCGAAGGUCACCAUGACGAUUGUCAUAUUUACCCGUUAAUUGUAAUGUGGGACGAUUUAAACGAUGACGUAGAAGAGAUAGUGGGAGAUGCUCAAAUCAACUAUCAAGACUGGAUUGCGUUAUUAGGUGGCGUUACAGCGGAACUAUUUUCACGCGUGGUGUUCAAUACUAAAUCUUUUAAUUAUUUAAUCAAUGUAAUAUUUUGUGUGCUAGGUCCAAACAUAAUAGCUUCCGGUGAUUAUGAAUGUGAACCUAAAUGUAAGAAUGCUCGUACAUAUUAAGGUGAUGAUGCAUUUAUUCCUUGUCAUUGAAUAAUUUUAAAUUGUUAGCUCGCUGCGAAUGUAAAUGUUUUAAUGUACACGUAUUAAUAAUAAAUUCAUAUUACUGAAUA